AUGGAGUCUUGCACUGUAGUACGAAGCCACAAUUGGCCAGCAGAGGAACUUGAAAUGAAAUACCAAUAUAUUUCAGAUUUCUUUUCUUCAAUGGCUCUUGCUUAUUUCUCCAUCCCAGAGCUCAUCUACUUUGUAAGAAAUCUGCAGGUGUUUCCUAUAGAUGUGCUUGUGGCAGUUUGGUGGCUUUUAAUUGUUCUAUGUGGGGCAAACAUCUUAUUAACUUAAUAUGGACUUUUACCAUGCCAUUUCGCGAACUGUGGAAUUGUGAUUGAUACAGCAAACGUCUUAACUGCUGUGGUGUCAUGUGCGACAGCGCUCAUCGUGACUUUUCCUGCCUUUGAGCGUCACCAAAACUAGAGAAAAUUCUUGAAAAACAAAGCUGCAGAGCUGGAUAGUAGAGAUUGGGUUCUGAUCCGUACACAAAGAAGAAAACGCGGGAGGCAUGUUAGAAUGUUGACUCAUGAGAUCAGAAGCACACUUGAUAGGGCAUACCAUUUUAAAGCCACUCUUGUUGAACUGGUAGGAAUUGGCAUUGGAGGAAUGUGCCUUUGUGGAUGCCCCACCCGCACUGGUUUAGAGCUUCAACUUUCUACAACUCUCGGCAGGCAAGAAUCCUAGUUGGUGUAUACUGUACCUAUCCAACUUCCUGUGAUUAAUCAGGGUUAUUUCAGCAGCAACCGUGCUGUAAAAAUAUCGCCUAUAUGUCCCAGUGCAAGAAUAACGACCUUUUACAGGAAAAUAUAUGCCUGGAAGAGGGUGGUGGCCGUUCGCGUUCCUCUUCUUAAUCUCUAUAAUUUUUCAAUUAAUGACUGGCCUGAACUUUUCACUACAAAACGUUAUGCUUUGAUGGUUUUAAAUGCUCCCUCAGAUAGUGCAAGGCAGUGGCAUGCUUUAUGAGUUGGGAGCUUGUUGAAGUCCCGUUUGCUGAUCAAGGUUUGCUGUUGCUAUCUAUCACAUGCUGCUAUCUUAAGAGGAGUCAAUGAGGGCAAGGAUCUUCUAUGGAGCAGAAUGUGGCGCUGGAUCUUGGCAAGGAGGGAAGCUGAAAUCAGCUAGUCCGUGCUCGCAAUGCUUUUCUUGGCUGUGAUGAACCAUGAAAUGAGAAAUCCAAUGCAUGCAAUUAUUGCACUUUCUUCCCUGUUGCAAGAAACUGAGCUUACACCUGAGCGCGUGAUGGUUGAGACAAUUCUUAAGAGUAGUAACUCUUGGGCUAUCUCAAUAAAUGAAAUGAUUGACCUAUCGAGGCUUGAAGAUGAACCUCAGCUUGAUAUGAGAACUUAUCUUCAUGCUGUAUUCAGGGAGGUAAGGCGUUUCUUAACUUUGAUUAAGCCUAUUGCUCUGUUAAAGAAGUUGCUAAUUAUAACUUUGGCUCCAGAUUUGCCAGUUGCCACUGGGGAUGAAAAACGCCUUAUGCAAACUUUUUUGAUAUGUUUGGUAUGUAAUGCUGUGAAGUUCUCAAACAAGAAGGCAACAUCCUCGAGUCACUGUUUUGUUGCUAAACCAGAAUAUCUCUAAGAGAUCUCCGUUUCCUGAUUUUUUUCGUUUCAAGUGAACAAUCACUUCUAUUGCGAGUACAGAAUGAAGGCUAGGAAUAUAACCCCGCAAGAUAUUCCCAAAUUAUUUACUAAAUUCGCACAAAGUCAAAUCUUUGGCACCAGAAAAUUCUAGUGCAGUGGACUCGGCCUUGCAAUUUGUAAAAGGUUGGUUAAAUCUUUGGAAGGACACAUCUGGAUAGAAGGUGAAGGUCUUGAGGGUUGCCACUGCUAUCUUGUGGUAAAACUUGGGAUUCUUGAGCGUUCCAAAUGAGCUAAGCGCAUCUUACAUGCCAACAGCGUUGGUCAAAAUCAUGGACAAACAGCUUUCCUGGGCUUAAAUAUUGUAAUGGAUGAUAACGGGGUUAGCAGGAUGGUAACUAAGGGACUUCUUGUGCACUUGGGGUGUGAUGUGACAACAGUGAGCUCCAGUGAUGAAUGCUUACGAGUAGUUUCUCAGGAUUACAAGGUGGUUUUUAUGGAUGUAUGCAUGCCUGAUGGCUUUGAUGUUGCUAUCCGAAUACACGAAAAAUUUACAAAACGUCAUGAAAGGCCAUUAAUAGUGGCACUUACUGGAAACACAAACAAAGUGACAAAGGAAAACUGCAUGAGGGUUGGUAUGGAUGGUGUAAUACUGAAACCUGUUUCUGUUGACAAGAUGAGAGGUGUUCUGUCAGAUAUUCUGGAGCACCGUGUUCUAUUCGAUGCAAUGUAAGAAAAAAAUAGAGAUGUUGUACAUACUUGAGUUUGGGAGAGCAUUGAUUGCAGUGGAGAUAUCAUGCCAGGCUAGAGCGAAAGGAUUGUCGAAAGCCAAUCCUUGUAUCCUUUGUGCAACUAGUUAUGAAACCCAGAUGGAACAAAUAAUUCCGAGCUUGCUGAGAUCCGAUUGUUGUUUGAAAAUGAAUUUAUUGUUCAUUAAAUUGUAAAACGGAGUACUCCACAUAAUAUUAAAAUUAAGUUUACCUUUUACAGUAUUACUACCUUCAAUGAAAUCUCUAUAUACGUCAACA